AUGACAGGCUCUGUGGAAAACCCACGCCCGGUCCAGCUCGAUGAGAAGUGCAUUCAGCAUGAGGAGAGUCGCGAUCUGGAGCGACGACACAGUCACCAGGAGGUGGCUGAUUCGAGCAGCAACGAUGCUGAGCUUCACGAGUCCGAGAAGGACAUUCCCAUGACCUUCCGUCGCUUCAUGGGAUUCACAGCAAUGGCUUUCUUGUGGACUGGCAGCCAAAUUCCGGUCUAUCUUUUCGGUGGCAUUCCUCCCUAUAUCUACGGAUCUAUUGGCGGAGCAGACCGAUGGGUGUGUUUCAACCCUCAGGUCCUCGCAAAUCUCCUCGGUCUUGCGGCCGUCUGCCCUUUCGUUGGAUCUCUAUCUGAUCUGUUCGGCCGCCGCUAUGUCGCCAUUUCUGGAGCCUCCCUCAUCUGCCUCGGAAUGAUCGUCAGCAGCACGGCACACACAAUGAACAUUUUUAUCGCUGGUAUGGCGAUUGCUGGCGCCGGUGCCGGUGUGAAUGAGUUGACUGCACUCGCGGCGACCUCCGAAAUGGCGCCAACUCGCAAACGCGGUGUUUAUGUCGCCGUCCUAAUCUUCUCCAUCGUUCCAUUCUGCCCCUCUGUUCUGUAUGCUCAGCUCAUUGCAUACUACAGUAAUUGGCGAUAUGUUGGCGCGUUCUGUGGUGCGUGGAAUGGAUUCGGUCUGUUGGUCACGAUCUUCUUCUAUUUCCCUCCUCCUCGAACCAACUCCCUCGGAUUGACCCGCAAGGAAAUCAUUGACCGUGUAGACUUUGUCGGUGGGUUCCUGAGUAUCACUGGCUUGAUUGUAUUCUUGGCCGGAAUGCAGUGGGGUGGCUAUAUGUAUCCCUGGACCUCUGCUCAUGUCCUCGCCCCCCUGAUCAUCGGCUUCCUCCUGCUAGUCGCCUUUGCAUUCUGGGAGAUUUAUGGAGCCAGAUACCCUAUCUUCCCGACUCGGUUAAAGCAGGAACCUCGGACUCUUGGUCUCACUCUGGUCAUCACGUUCAUUUCUGGCGCCAACUUCUUCUCCGUCCUCAUGUUCUGGCCUACUGAGUCCUUCAAUGUUUACGGCCAUGACCCUGUCGAUGUCGGUAUCCGCAGUAUUCCCAUUGGAUUCGGUAUCCUUGGGGGAGCUUGCAUUGUGCUUGUCCUUCUGAGUGUGUUCCGUGGACAUAACAAAGAGCUCUUAAUCGUUAGCAGUGUCCUGAUGACAGCUGGUUGUGGUGCGCUAUCGAUCGGGCGCGUUGAUAAUCUCUAUCAGCUCUGGGGACUUCUCGUUCUGGCCGGCCUUGGAAUAGGAGGCAUCGUCGUUCCAGCUUCGAUCAUCACUACAAUCAUUUGCCCGGACGAUCUGAUCGCCACAAUUUCCGCCUUGACCCUUUCCAUCCGAGUCGUCGGUGGUGGCAUUGGCUACACAAUCUACUACAACAUCUUCAUUUCCAAAUUCGUCCCCUUGACUAAGCACUACAUUGGUGGGGUGAUGAUGACUCAGUUGAACAUCACCGAUGUUGCAGUGAUCACUGAGGUCAUCGAGCUCACAGGCGCAUCGCUCUUGGAUGAAAUCAAACACGUCCCUGGAAUCGCCGGUAAUGAGCAGGCAUAUGAAGCUGUUGUUGCCGCGGGGCAAAUUGCAUACUCGGAGGCGUACAAGUGGGUGUACUAUGCCAGUAUUGCAUUUGGUGUCGUCUCCAUACUGGCUUCGUGCUUCCUGGGCAACAUCACCAAGUACAUGACCAACCACGUUGCCGUUGUCAUGUAA